AUGAAUGGGACCCCCCUCCCCCAUGAGAGGGGGUCCCCGCGGCCGCGCAGGUUCGCCCGGCCAGCCCCGGGCCCGGAAGACAAAAGCGGCACCGGGAGGGACCAACGGAGCGCUCCCUACCCCCACCCUCCUCGCCAAAACUUACCGAUCACCUCCCCCUCCCCAAAACAAAGAAGCCUCCCCUUAACCCCCCGCUCCAGUCUCCACCCGCCGCUCCAACCCCCGACGCGCCGGCACCACUUUGGGGGAGCGGCCCCAUCGGGGUAUUGUUCAGCCUGCAGGGAGCGCGCGCAACACCCCAGCCCGAGCCCCGGGGGACACUUGGGGAAGCUGGGCCUCCCCCCUCCACCGCACCCCCGUCCCCCUACCAGAGACGGGGGUCCCCGGGCGGGCGGCCAGACGGCCGGCCUGAUCCCCUCGGAGGGCGGGAAUGAGCCGGGCCCGGGCCUCACCCCUACCCUGAGCGAGAGAAGUUUCCGCAGCGCGCCCGGCCCGGGCCGAGCCCCGCGCGCACACUUACCUCGCCCUGAGCCGCGCAACUUGUGUCCGGCGCCGCCGCUCCAAGCCUGCGCCCCGCCGGCCGCCGCCGCCGCCGAGCCCGGGCCGCGCCGCGGCAGCCGAGGGCCCGGCGCCCGGAGCCGCCGCGCGCCGCCCCCCCCGGGCCACCCCCGCCCCGCGCCCGCGUCCCCCGCCGCCGCCGAGUCCCCUAGACGCGCGGGCGCUGGAAAGUUUCGGGUGCCGAAUGGCGGCGAGGGCGCUGCGGCGGCGGCGGCGGCGGGGCGGGGGCGCGGGCGGCUCCUCGCUCCCGAGUGCGGAGGACGGGGAGGGCGGGGAGGGGGCGAAAACGGCGGCGGCGGGAGAGGGCGGGACGCGGGAGGGACCGGCGCGGCCAGUGACCUCCGCUGGGGAGCGGCCGCCGGAACGCCGACCCCGGCCGGGAGGACGGCCCUGGGCGCCGCCCCCAGCCUGCGCCCGCCCCCGCCGCCGCCGCCGCCGCCGCCGGGGGAGGGGAGCCCGGGACCCCAGCGCGCUCCCCGACCCGGGACCCCCCCCAUCGCCCUCCUCCCAUCACCCUCCACAGCCCCCAGCCUGCGCCCUCCCCCACCGCCCGGGGCCCCUGCGCGUUCCCCGACCCGGGGCCUCCCCAUCGCCCACCCCCACGGCCCCCAGCCUGCGCCCGACCCCGCCGCAGGGAAAGGGGACCCCGGCGCCCCUGCACCCUCCCCCACCCUGGUCCUUCCCACCGCCCUCACCCACCCCCAAAGAGGCCUCGUCCCAGUCAUUCAGAUUUGGAAAGUAAAUAACAAGUUGACAUCAUUACCGCGCUCGGCUUUGCGGGGACGUCGGCCCUCGGCUACCGCACACUCUCGAGUAGCCGCGCAGCCAAACCUGGCCCUCUCUGGCUUGCCAUCGCUAGCUGCUCGUCGGGAGCUGCUUGGAAAUUCCGAACCGAACGGGACGAGGAAAAAGGCUUCUUUUGUAUGUUUUGAUGGCUUGGCAGAUGCCAGUCAUUUUUAA